CUUUUCUUCUAAUUACUCAUCAAUUCUUUUCAUUUGUCUUUUCAUUCAUUCAUCUUCAUAUUUCAUGUCUUCUCAAAACUAACAAUCGCUUCAUGUUUUAUUAAAGACUGCACUCAACUCUUUACACUAAAGCCAUUAUUUCUUUCUUUCUUUUUUUUGUGUGUUUGCUGUGUUUCCUUUCUCUCCCAGCCUCGGAUUCCUUUUUCCUCUUCAGGACAGAAACAAAGUCAGACAAUGUCAUCCUAUCUUCCUUGGUACCUGUCUUACUCAUUGGGUGCGGCAGCAGUUGCAAUCCUCAGCGGAGGAGCACUUCUCUAUCAUUUUCAAUGCGAAAUUAUAUACCCUGCCAAUUUUCCGGAAGGAUCGAGGACACAUGUUAUAAAACCAUCACAGUAUGGUUUGCCAUAUGAAGAUUUGACUUUGGUGACAUCAGAUGAGGUCAAGAUAAAAGCAUACUUGAUCAAACAAUCAGACGAUCUUGUUGCACGGAAACGACCGACUAUUCUAUUUCUUCAUGCCAAUGCUGGAAAUAUGGGACAUCGUUUGUCUAUUGCGGAUGUUUUCUACAGACAGUUUGGAUGCAAUGUCUUCAUGCUCUCCUAUCGUGGAUAUGGAUUAAGUGAAGGAAGUCCCACAGAAAAAGGUCUUAAGAUUGAUGCCAAGACUGCAUUGAAUUAUAUCAAAGGGCAUCCUGUUCUAUCAGAGACAAAGUUGAUCGCUUACGGACAAUCAAUUGGAGGAGCCGUCUCCAUCGACAUUGUUGCAAAGAAUCAAGAUCAAUUUUCAGGACUGAUCAUUGAAAACACUUUCCUGAGCCUGCCAAAAGUUAUUCCCCAUGUUUUGCCAAUGAUCAGCGCUCUUUCGUUCCUUUGCCAUCAAAUCUGGAACUCUGAGCAAAUGAUUCAGUAUAUAUCGCGGUUACCCGUCUUAUUCCUAUCAGGGAAAAAAGAUGAACUUGUUCCACCAGCACAUAUGAUGGAGUUGCAUCGACUUUUGGAUACUACAGGUGAAGUUGUCUGGCGAGAAUUCCCGAACGGAACACAUAAUGACACUUGUUUGAAGCCUGGCUACUUUGAAGCAAUCAAAGCAUUCUUAAAUAAUAUCAUGAAGGACAGUGACAACGAGAAAAUAAAAUAAAAAGGACUUUUGAUCCGCC